AUGUGUAUUUUGCGCGCUUCCGUAACAACUGUAACUCGUGUGCACGUCUUUUGGCUCUGAGCGAUUUUACACUGAACACCGGCUCCUUGGAACAGUUUUCAACAACACAAUGUCUAAAUUGGAGCAGAUCAUAGUUAUUGAACCGCCGUAUGAUCUCAAAUUUAAAGGUCCCUUCACAGAUGUAGUGACCACAAACCUCAAGCUCAAAAAUCCCUCUGACCGAAAAGUAUGCUUCAAAGUGAAGACGACGGCACCUCGCCGGUACUGUGUAAGGCCUAACAGCGGCAUGAUUGAGCCAGGAGCCACUGUCACUGUCUCUGUAAUGCUGCAGCCCUUUGACUAUGACCCCAAUGAAAAAAGUAAACACAAAUUCAUGGUACAGACAAUCUUUGCACCAUCCACUGCUACAGACAUGGAUGCAGUGUGGAAAGAUGCAACGCCAGAUGAUUUCAUGGACUCCAAGCUGAGAUGUGUGUUCGAACUGCCCACUGACAACGAUAAAAUGGAUGAUGUUGAUGCAACCAAAGCUGCCCCCGUACUCAACUCCACCGCUGACGGCACGUCGGCGCCCAAGCCAAUCAGCGCAUCCAUGGACGACUCUGAGAUGAAGAAACUGAUGGACGAGUGCAAGAGGAUGCAGUAUGAUGUGGGCAAACUCUCAGACGAGAACAGACAACUCAAGGACGAGGGCCUGAGGAUGAGGAAGGCCCACCGGUCAGACAACAUAGUCUCCAGCUCGGGCGCCACGAUGAGCAAACAGCAUUCUUCCAGUUCCCUCCCCUCGCUACUGGUCGUCAUAGCAGCCAUCUUCAUCGGAUUCUUCCUAGGGAAGUUUGUCUUGUAGGGGAGGAGCGAGAGAAAAGGAAAGUGAGCCGGCAUGGGCUCGUUUGUCUCCAAGGGCCUGGCCGUAGCGCCAGCUCACGGCGUACGUACAUAUGUUCUGUGUACCCAAUCAUAAGCAGGCCUCGCCUUUUACAAUCUCACAUGGUUAGUACACGUGGAAAAACAGAGGAAUGAGCUUCCUCCUUUUUUUUUUUUUUUCUGAUCUUUUUUUGGGGUGAGGAAUCAGGGGAGGGAUGUUUGGGGGAAAAUGUAAAUUGUAUAUUUAUCAGAGCAUUGAUAACAGGUGAGUCGGGGCACUGGGUUUGUGACCUUGGUUGAAAUCGGAAGCAAAAAAUAAAUAUAAAUGAGCUCUCUCUCUCUGUGGUUUUAAUAAGAGUUGGAAUGUUCAGUGUCUUGUCUGUUAUUUUAAUCAUUUUAAGAAAAUGGGAUGAAGAAAAAGCCUUCCAAACAAAAGACUCUGCUACAUGUUGCUGAAACAUUCUCAUUUUCACUGAAUUCUUCAAAUCUAGUUUUUUCUUGAGGUAUGUGAAAUGAUACAGUAUGCUGGGAAUAUAGGUGUCUCCUACGGACAUUUCUUUCCUUUUCCCUACUGACAUAAACACAAUUAUAAAAAAUGAAUUUUAUUAUUAUUACAAUUCUUUCUAGAUUUUUUUUUUUUCUUUACACAAAUUCUAUAUCCCUUGUGAGGCAAAAAGGUCACCGUUCUUGCAGUCCUGUCCCAGUCCUGUCCCAUGGUAUUUAACAUUGAUGAAAAAUAAAUAAAAUCUUUAACAUUCUA